UUCAUGAUAAAAUAAUAUUUAUUUCUUUAUAGAAAAUGAAUUUAUGAUAUUUUUACAACUUAAUUAAAAUGGGAUUAAUGAGUGAAUUAAACUUUUAAAUAUAGAAGAGAUUGAUAGUUUUGAAGGCAGGGAGUCUGUCAUAGCAAUUAUGAUUGGAUUUGGAGCAUCUGAACUUGUAACAUCUUGUUUGUUUUAGGCCCUCUCUAUCUCAGAUCCGAUACUGGGUUCUCCAAAGACACGAAACCGAAGAGGGGCUGCAUGUUUCAAGUGAAAACAUACAGCUUUACCAUCUCAGAAUUGUGAGGAGCUUCAGUUCACAUGAUUGAUGGAGAACGAGAGUGCCUGAAAUCCAAGGUAAAAAGAAUAUCAGUUGACAUAAGAAAACCAAAAUGGAAAGGUACAUAGAGAGAGUCCUAAACAGAGUAGCAUUGAUAUCAGUGAGCAUAGCCACAUUGAUUCUGCUUUACCUUCUCCUCCAAACCCCAGAAACAUGCAUCCCAAGAAAUGCUCCCAGAAAGCCUCACUUUAGAUUCCCAAAAUCCAGUUGUGACUUUUAUUCUCGUGACUACCUCCCUCUUCACAAGAAAAAUACUCGCCUUUGGUCCUCCAAAUUUUGGAUCACCAAGGUCUCUUCCUACACUCACUUCUUCACCCAACUUUACCAAAUGGGUGUCCUAAAAAACCACUCCAAAGUGCUGUGUGUCUCAGCCGGAGCUGGGCAUGAGGUCAUGGCUCUAACAAAACUGGGAGUUGAGGAUGUUACAGGUGUUGAGCUGAUAGAGUCAGUGCCUUUUGUUAGCAGGGCCGACCCCCAUAAUCUUCCUUUCUUUGAUGAGGCUUUUGAUGUCGCAUUUACUGCUCAUUUGGAAGACGCCUUGUAUCCUUUGCAGUAUGCAAGGGAGAUGGAGAGGACUGUGAGAAAAGGUGGAGUGUUAGUGGUGGUUGUGGAGGAGCGUAGUGAGGAGGAAGUAAAGGAGAUUGUUAGGUUGUUUAGAAUGUCCAGCCUUCUUCACUCUUCUUAUCUUAUUUUUAUAGGAAACAGAAUCACCAGGAUUCUAUUGAAAAAUAAGGCUUCUGCGUAAUAUAUAUAUUUCCCCCUUUUGGUGUUGAAUUUUUAUAGUUUUGUUUUUGUGAAUGAAAAGGGUUUUGUUCCUUGCAAAGAAAAUCAUAUACUAAAGAUUUGAUCCAUGCAA